CACAACCGGAGAUGUCUCCCUCUUCCCGAUCUCAGGCACACAAGCCCUAAACCCGUGCAUGGCACUCCCCGCCUCUCGCCGUCUCUCCGCCGCCGCCGCCGCCGCCGCUCCGAAACUCUCCUCCCUCUUCACGCCCCGACCCAUUCCUAAGCCUCGCCCUCCGUCGCCGGGGUCCGGCGAUGAUCCUCAGCGGCGGAAGCCGAUGCCGAAACCAAGGCAGCCGUGGGGGGAGGAUGCGUCGGCGCUGCUCCGGCGGCUUCACGAGGGGCGAUACCUUCCGGGACCCUACCUCUCGGAUGCGCCGCACGUAGUGUCCCCAGACGCUGUCAAGGCCGCCGCCGAGCGGUUCGGCAACGAUCACCAGGUCGCCGCCAAAUGGUUGUCGGGGAGUGACUUGAAGAAGCUAGCACUGUUUGGCUGCCCAACUGUUGAGCGAAGAACAGUUUUUGCAUCCAAGAGAUUACGAGCUUUCUUCAACUUGCGAGAAGACCAGGUAUGCAGCUCUUGUAAGAUAAGAAGUUCAUGCCAGUUCGUUAACCAGGAUGUGCCUAGGUAUGAUAAAGUAAUCCUGUCAGAUAUUAUGAGGAUCCUUGCUUUGUUUGUUUUGGAUGCAUGUCCUCAGGAACUGCAGGUUACUGCUGAAGUAAAAGCUAGUGUCGGCAAACUUCUCAAGGACACCAUAAAUCUAAGCAUGUAAGUGCUUUGAGGGUAUUUUGUAAUCAGUGGAGGUACUAUGUACAUGUCAGGUAGAUUUAGGUUCAUUUUCCCACUCUUCAUUUUCGUUUGUGCCUCAAGCAUUGUAACACGAUCUGAAGCAACUAUAUGGAGUGAUGGCCACAUUUAUUCAGAGCAGAUAGUUGAUGGUCAUGUUUCAUUCAGACAA